AUGGUUAUGCUUGACACGACAUUGGAAACUAGAGGGUCAAUGAGGACAUAUGACUCCAGCACCGGAGGACAGCUUCAGAUCUCGAAUGAAUCUUCUGUCUUUCGAGCAGUCAGCGCUGUAGUGUGUAUAGUGUGGUAUCUCACAGUUCUGGCGCUUGGAUAUUCGGGCUGGAUAGAGAUUAUGCGCAAGUUUCGUGGCAAAAAACAAUUGGCGCCCAGUUCUCAAGACACGCAGGAAGCCGUUAGUAUCAUUCGGCCCUGUAAGGGCGUUGAGACGGAAAUGGUAGCAUGCCUCGAAAGCUGUAUACUGCAGGAAUACCCCAGAGACAAAUUCGAGGUUCUUUUCUGUGUUGAAAGCAGCACCGAUGCAUGUUUACCCACCAUUCAACAGCUCAUCGCGAGGUAUCCACUGCACAAUUUGAAGCUUUUAGUUGGGAAAAAUGGUUAUGAGGACUACUACGGACCCAAUCCUAAGGUCAAUAACCUUUCAAAGGGCUACCGUUAUGCGCAAAAUGAUAUCAUAUGGGUUUUGGAUGCAAACGUGUGGUGUCCACCCGGUGCCUUGAGCCGUAGUGUUGCGAGCUUAGUCAAUUCUCUCGACAACGGCAUCAAAACCACAUCCCGACCAGUAGUACUGACACAUCAUGUGCCGCUGGCGUUGAGUAUCAGUCCCAACACUCGAUCGGUGCCUCUGAGCGCACGUUUAGACGAGAUGUUCAUGUUCAGCUCUCACGCAAAAUUUUACGUGGGGUUCAAUAAAAUCAGCAUAGCGCCAUGCGUGAACGGUAAAAGUAACUUGUAUCGCUGCUCUGAUUUGGACGCCGCCAUAGAAUCUAUUGGCGAGGCUAUCAAAUUUUCAGCGCUGUUUAAAGAUCCGGAGAUUCAACGGGAGGCCCGUACCAUUGCUGCAAAAUGCAAGGGCAAAUCCAGCAUCGAUACCCGAAAACCUUUCACAGUAUAUGCCGUCGAUCAAGAGUCAAGGGAUAUAAUAGCCAAAGACGUUGCUGCCAAUGAACAAUUUCACCACCAUGGCAUUGAGUUCUUUAGCACGUAUAUCGGCGAGGACAACAUGAUUGGAACGGCCUUGUGGGAUAUGCUUGAAGGACGUACAGGUAUGACAACCGACGUUGUUGUUCAACCGCUACAAUUCGGAAUACGAGACCAAGGGCUCCGCAACUAUAUCGACCGCCGAGUGCGGUGGUUGCGUGUACGCAAAUACAUGGUUUUGGCUGCCACGUUGCUAGAACCUACUACAGAAUGUUUUUUCAUUGGAGCUAUGGGAGCGUGGGGGUUUGCUUGGCUCCUUGAACUACCUUUUGGCCUUAUCUUCGCUGUCCAUAGCUUCUUAUGGUGCGUUACAGAUAGACUCCAGUACUUGGUACUACUACGAACAAUUUAUGCUGAUGACAAUAUAAGACCGGAACAUACACCAGCAUUUCUUGAACAUGCUAAAGCUCCCCGAAGGUUAUGGGAUUGGUGGCAACUUUGGAUUUUGCGUGAGCUGCUAGCGUUUCCCAUAUGGAUCAAAGCCAUGUGUGGGUCUGUGAUUGAUUGGCGAAAUAAACCGUUCAGAAUCAAACGCGACCUCACGGCAGAAGAGCUUUCCAAAUGA